AUGUCGCGUUCCAACACUUCUUCGACAUCCGUGGCUACGCCUACAUCAUCUCCGAGUAAGCCUUUCCAACCACCCGGAAGCUUCCCUCAGGUGUAUGGCAACAUGCCUUCCGGUGGAUUCGACACUGAAUGGCAAGAUUAUUACCUCGUCACCGAUGGUCUCCCGAGCAUUACCUUCCCACUUCCGAGAAAUUUCGCCGGAAAUAUCCCAACCGGACCGAUGGUCUAUCAGUCCCAAACCAGCAUUACGCAGAAUAUAGUGAGCUGGACCGGUCUCGUGGACUUGAUCUAUGUAGACCAACCUGUCGGUGUUGGCUUCUCGACGAGCGAAUCUGACGGCUAUAUCAACGAUGAGGACGAUAUGGGCGCCGAUUUUGUUGGGUUUCUAUCAAAUUUAGUCAAGAUAUUCCCGAGCCUUGCGACCAGGCCCUUGAUUCUGGCUGGUGAGGACUACGCCGGCGUCUACAUCCCCUAUAUUGCCAAAGCGAUCUGGUCGUCAUCUUCGCCACCCGUCAAACUCAGCAAGGUUGCUAUCGGCAAUGGGUUGCUCGAUACAACGAUUUCCCCUCACUUGUCCACCAUAUCAAUCCUAGAGUCCUACCCCCAGUUGAUCAACUACAACCAGGACAUAUUCCAGUCUUUCGUCACACAGCAACACCAGUGUGGGUUUGAUCUCAAUCUCACAUACCCACAGCAGGAUCCUCUUUUAGUCUUUGAAACACCAUCCCGGCGCUCCUCGUUCUGGAAGUCUGCCCCGGCUUCAUUAAACAGCAGUACCACUACUCUGGACAGAAGGUCCUCUCAUCAUGCUGCCUUCCCAGACAAACGACAGAGCUCUAGCUUCAUCCCGAGCUCCACGAGCAACUCUUAUGGGUGUUCUUUGUUCGAUGAGAUGAUCGAUUAUGCGCGAAACUUCUCUUCACCUUGGACCUCCGGCGCGUUCGACUUAUUCGAUGUCUCCAACGUCUUGAAGGCUCAGCCUAUCUUUGAUCUCGGCCCAUAUUUCAAUUCCUUCCAAGUCCGUAACGCGCUCCAUGCACCAAGUAGCAAGAACUGGGUCUCGACCUCCGUCUACCCGUUUGGCUCAACUACCAACAUCUGUGAGAAGAUCAAUUAUACGACGAUAUUUUUCGCCGAUUUCGUCGCCAACGCCUCCUCUCAAAACGUCGAGAUCGUCUUAUAUUCUGGUGGUAGUAAUGCCAUAGCACAUCACACUGGUCUCGAAAUUCUCAUUCAGAACACGAUAUUUGGGGGCAUUCGGGGAUUUACCCGCAAACCAUCCACUCCUUGGACAGACGAUAACGGCAAUAUCGCAGGUAUCGUUCAUCAGGAGCGCGGUGUUGUGUACGCCCUCUUCGACGGAGUAGGCCACAUGAUACCCAACUUCAAGCCAGACUCAGCGCUGGUAUUCUUCCGCGACUUCAUUAUCAACUCAAACGCCACAGGUUCUAUCACCACGGACACGAAAGGCGAUCCAACUGCUCUAGGAGGAGAGAAUGCCAAUCUAGCGGAUGAUGUUCCUCGUGUUGAGACGGAGCUCUUUGUCGGGACUUCUGCAACACAGGGCACUGUAUUUGCAGAGCCUGCAACUGUCUCCGCUUGGGCCAGCUUUCUGGCUACGGCGAAGCCUGUCGCCACCUCCGCCAUGUCAAGUGUCCCGAAGCUCGUCCCUCCUACCGUGUUAUUCUUUGGUGCUCCUUCCACUUUGUUUGUUCUCAUACUGUCAUUUCUCACUUAA